AUGGCAAACGGUGAAAAGAGGAUGAUUCCAGAAGACAGAAUGGAAAGAAAGAAAGUUUCUAAACGACGGCAAACGGGCACAACUGCUAAAGAUGAUAUUGAGUUAUUUCAAUCACCACCUAGUUCGCCGCUGCUUACCCCAAAGUCGUCGCAUUUAACAUCAUCUUUAGAGGCACCAUCUCAAUUACAAACACCUUUAUCAUCUCCUCCAUCUUCACGUCCUCCCUCACCUAACCCUGUCGAUGUACCUUAUCUUACACCUUUGCCAACUUCACGUCCUCCCACGCCAAUUUCUAUUAAAGAAAUAAGUAAUACUAAUGUCACUAUUAUAACCAUAGUCACAAAUGAUCAUAGCUUAAUAGAUGAUGAAUUUAUUACUCAGGAUUCGAUAUUUCAACAACAGAAUAGAAAGAAAACUUCUCAUUUACCAUUGAAAGUGGUUAAUAGUUCCAUACCUCCAUGUGCUCGAUGUCCUACCGAAUUAAUAUAUCACGUCUUCGAAAUAUUGCGUACCUUACAUCAACCAUCACUUUUUUCUUGCAUUCUAGUAAAUCAUCAAUGGAAUGCCAUAGGAACAAACGUCCUUUGGAAUUCCCCAAAAUUCACUCAUAUGCAACAUGAUCGUAAUAAUGCAUCACUUUCAUCUCAUCUCCUACGUCUAUUACCAUUAAUUCAUACAGAAAACCUUCAUACACUUAAUUUAAGUUUUGUUAAAGGCAUCACUAAUGGUUAUUUAACUAAAUUAUUAUCACCAUUUUUCAAUAAUGUACGUACAUUAAACCUUGCAGGUGGAAGUAGAUCUGACACUUGUUUAUCAUCUAUUAUACCAAAUUGUGGUAAAGUACAGAACCUUUCACUUGCAUGGAAUACUUCAUUAUCUGAUGCGUCAAUUAACAAAAUUGCUACGAUAUGUGGAGAUAGAUUACGUACUCUUGAUUUAACAAAUUGUGAGAAAGUAAGUGAUAGAUCGAUGCAUUCAAUUUCACGAUAUUGUUUAAAGUUAAGAGAAUUAAGAGUAAGUUAUUGUCGUGGUGUGAGUGAGGAAGGUGUAAGAGAUGUUAUUGAAGCAUGUGAAGGUCUUAAAUUAUUAGAUCUAGUUGGUUGUUUAGGUGUUGAUAAAUGUUUUUUAUUAAAAUGUAAUGAUGAAUUCGGUUUAGCAAAAAGAGAAUUAAAAGUUAUUUGGAGAAGGUUUACCGAUGUUAAUAAUACUUGGACCGAUGAGAAUUAA